AUGCAAUUCACUCAAAUCAUCGCUUCAUUGGCUUUAGUCGGAUCUAUCCAAGCUAAAUUCCACAACACCACUGGUGGUGCCGUAUCAAACUCAACUGGUGGUGCUGGUUCCAACUCAACCGGUGGUGCUGGUUCCAACUCAACCGGUGGUGCUGGUGGAUCAAACUCCACUGGUGGAUCUGGUUCUUCAUCAGACAACGCUGCUAAUGCUAACGCUAACAUCUACGGUGGUGCUGCUUUGGUUGCUGCUGCUGUCGCUUUGUUGUACUAA